AUGGCUGCGCGAGCACUGACCGCCGCCGCCCGCCGGGUGGCCGGCCGGACCAGGACGGCGCCUCUUCUCGCCUCCUGCAGGAACGGAGCCAGCAUGAACCACUCCUCGGCCACGGCCAGCGCGCGGCGGGAGGAGGAGCAGUACAAGGACGUGCGCGCGACGAUGACGGGGGCGCAGGUGGAGGCCGCGCUCAACCGCAAGAACGUCGAGGUGCUCCAGGGCGAGGAUGAGCACGUCGCCACGGUGCUGCCGGACGAGACCAUCGGUGGCGCGCUGGACGGCGGCGAGGACGCGUCGUGGGCGGUGUUCGUCCGGGAGGAGGAGAUGGAGGACGUGGAGAGGCCCGCCGCCGUCGACAUGGCCAACGUCAACGCAGACGUCAACGCCAGCAUCAAGAACUACUAG